AUGGAAGUUAAUGGCGUCGCCGUUAUGCGCCGCCGCGCGGAUAGUUGGUUAAAUGCUACGCAAAUCCUCAAAGUCGCCAACAUCGAUAAGGGGAAGCGAACGAAAAUCCUCGAAAAGGAGAUACAAACUGGCGAACACGAAAAGGUACAGGGUGGUUAUGGAAAAUACCAAGGCACCUGGAUUAAAUUCGAAAGGGGUGUCGAGGUAUGUCGUCAAUAUGGCGUCGAAGAUUUACUUCGCCCUCUCCUGAUUUACGACAUGGGCCAGGACGGUGGCGUCGCAGGUAGAGGGGAUAUCAACACUCCGACCAAGGAGCAGGCGAUGGCUGCGCAAAGAAAGCGCAUGUACAGCGCUGGAAAUGACGGCCGCGCCAAUGGGCUAUCCGGGACCUUUUUCAAGAACAUAUCGAGUACGGCAUCUAACGCUGUCGCUGCUAUUAGCAAGGCUCGUUUUGAUUCUCCUGGACCGAGGGGUCGCAAUGGUCCGACGAGACCGCCUAGUUUCAGCCGGCAGUCUUCAAUGCAGAACGUUGACGAUUUCCCGGGGAAUUCUCAGCAGAGCUUUGCCUCUGACUACGGCCAAACUGUUGAUUCGGCAUAUUCGACCCAGAAUACGCAGAUUUUUAACGGUGACGAGCCGUCGCGAAAACGUCUAAAGGUCGUCACUCCCGCAGACAGUUUCGGCUACGCUUCUCAUUCUAUUGAUAUGUAUGCCAAUAACUUCCCCGGUUCGCCCACGGAGCCCAACGAAUCCUUUCAAUACUCUCAAGCCGCCCUCGACGUGCAGGAGAACGAUGUCAUGCCACUUCCUCCCUUACCGUUCGAGCUCUCUCCGGAGGCGGAUCAGAAGCGCAACUUACUCAUGGGGUUGUUCCUAGAUCCCAAUGCGAACGCCUCAGAUUAUUCCCAGAAUGAAGCUCUCCAGACCUUGUCACCUUUAGAUCUCGACGCACCGAUAGACUCAUCGAGCCAUACCGCCCUUCACUGGGCUGCUACGCUAGCUCGGAUACCUCUUCUUCGUGCGUUAAUAUCGGCUGGUGCGAAUCCUUAUCGAGUCAACGCUUCAGGAGAAACGGCUUUGAUGAGAGCGUCGGCCGUGACGAACAACUCGGAUCAAGUUUCAUUCCCCGAAUUACUGGACGUCUUAGGCAAUACUAUCGAUGUUCGGGAUAACAAGGGCCGAACCGUCUUACACCACAUUGCUGUUACGAGUGCUGUGAAGGGUAGGAGCCAUUCCAGCAGGUAUUAUCUGGAGAGUCUUUUGGAGUGGGUUGUGAGACAAGGAAGCGCGCCGAGUAACCAAACAACGACAAACGGCAACUCUAGCCAACCCAAAAUGGGUAUCGGCCGAUUUAUGAGCGAAAUCGUAAAUGCGCAAGAUAAGUCCGGUGAUACCGCGCUAAAUAUCGCGGCGCGAAUCGGGAACAGGAGCAUUAUCUCUCAGCUGCUUGAAGUGGGUGCGGAUCCCGGUAUUGCCAACAAAGCAGGCCUCAGACCCGUCGAUUUCGGAGUGGGCGGCGAAGCCGGGGAAGACGGUGCCAACGGUGAUCUUGUAGCGAGUGACAAGGCGAAUAUCGCCGGCAACUGCCAGAAGACCCGGGAGAGCAGCGCCGAGAUUAUUACCUCGAUCACACACCUCUUGAAUGAAACUUCAAAUAGCUUCCAAUCGGAACUUAAGAAGAAGCAGCAAGAUGUCGAUGCACUCCAUGUCUCUCUGCGGACAACCUCUACUCAGUUGGGAGAUGCGCGACGCCAGCUUGAGACCUUACAGGCAGCUGCUAAAUCGCAAUCCCUUGCGCGCCAGAAGAUAACCAACCUUAGCCGCGGUCGCGACGAGGAGCAGAAGCACUUGAUGCGACUGGAGCAAAGCUAUGGCCGCAUAGAUAUGAAUAACUCAUGGGAGGCGGAACUCAACGCGGCUUUGGAGGCUGCGGGCGGAGACUCGCCGAAUCCAGCCCUGUUACCUACAUCUGUGGUCCUUCGUGCGCGCAUACAAGCACUCAGGAAUAGGAAAGACGCCAUGACGAAAAGUAUAGGAUCGCUUAAAGGCCGCAGCAAGGAUGUUGAGGUUAAAUACCGGCGUGUAGUAGCGCUGUGUACCGGAGUGUCGGAAAGCGAAGUCGACGCCGUCGUAGACGGUUUAUUACGAGCCGUGGAGAGCGAAAAGGGCGAACUUGAGAUCGGCCGUAUACGAAGAUUCCUCGGCGGUGUUGACGGCGUGCAUUGA